AGACAGAAACCCCCGGCCUGGCUCCCACCCAGAGAUGCUGGGGCAGCAGGAGGGUCUGUGCUGCUGAGACAGCAGCCCCCCAUAGAGAGAGGGGAGUUCGGUGUGUGUGUGCCUGUGAGAUGCGGAGGCCUGUGAGGAGAACACGAGUCUGCCCUGAUCUCCCCGCAGCCUCGGCUACGGAUAACGAGGGAGGACACGCAUGGGCGUCCCCCGGCUGCCUUAAAUCCGUUUGUGCAGAGCAGCCUUGGCAGGGUGAGCCACGAUGGCCAGAACCCAGCAGGGCCCCAGGCUGCUGCUGGCCAUCAUGGGGGCCCUGGUGGCCCUCACCUACCAAACAAGGAGGAAAACCUUCCUAAGUGUCAGCGAGGUGCCCGCGUCAGAUCCUGUCGUGGUGACCACCCUGGACUUCGUGACCAAGGACUUCAACAAGAAGAGCGAGGACCCGUACAACUUCCGGAUUGUGCGUGUCCUCAAGGUCCUGAAGAGAGUGACUGACCACAUGGAGUAUCGCAUAAACCUGGAGAUGCGGCGGACCAUCUGCCUCAAGAUGGAGGAGAACAACUGCUCCUUCCAGGAAGGCGAGCUCUACAAGAAAAUCGAUUGCUUCUUCUCAGUAUUUGUUAUUCCCUGGUUUGAAAAGUAUAAAGUUCUGGCCCGAAACUGCACGGAUGGCUAGGUGUCCCAGAGUGCAGCCCACACGGAGUCACUGUGUGAAAAAGAACCCUGCAUUAAACACGAGUUCUCAACAUAGAAAAUAAAUGUUGGUCAGCCUAUGC